AUGGUACUGUCGAAGAUUCAGAACACAGCCCUGGUGGCUCUUGCCACGCUUUUUGCCGUAACUCAGGCUGCGCCUGGAGCUCGUGUUGAAUCACGAAGCCUUUGUUUUGAUUACGAUUCCCAGAAAGUUCGGGGCGUAAACCUCGGUGGAUGGCUAGUCCUUGAACCCUGGAUUACACCAUCCCUCUUUGAAAAAGGAGGAGAUGCUGCCGUUGAUGAAUGGUCCUUGUCCCAGGCCCUCGGUAGCGACGCUGCUCAAAGCCUCCUGUCACAGCACUGGAACUCAUUCAUCACCGCAGAUGACUUCCAACAGAUGAGUGCUGCGGGGUUAAACCACGUCCGAAUUCCCGUCGGCUAUUGGGCAGUGGUACCUCAGUCUGGUGACCCGUAUGUACAGGGUCAGCUUGACGUGCUAGACCAGGCCAUUGACUGGGCACGAGAUGCAGGUUUAAAAGUCAUUGUGGACUUGCACGGCGCUCCUGGAUCCCAGAAUGGAUUUGACAAUAGUGGACGCCGAGGCUCGAUCAACUGGGAUAACGUCCCUGAACAAAUUAACAUCACCCUAGAUGCAAUUAGGGAACUUUCCAAUAGAUAUGCUACACAGUAUGACGUUGUCACCUCAAUAGAAGCACUCAACGAGCCUAUGACUGUCAUGGGAGAUUCCGGUGUCGAUUUGUCCAACUUGCAACAAUACUACUACGACACCUGGGGUCGUCUGCGCGAGGUUAACCAGGACACCGCUCUAACUAUGCAUGAUGGAUUCCAAGAUAUCACUUCCUGGAAUGGUUUUAUGGGCCAAAACUCGGGUGUUUGGAAUGUGAUGAUGGACACCCAUCACUACGAGGUUUUUGAUCAAGGACUGCUUUCUCAAGACACGGACCAGCAUGUUCAAACCGCCUGUGCUUAUGGCGACAAGGUCGCUGCUACUGACAAAUGGACCAUUGUUGGUGAGUGGACUGGAGCAUUGACUGACUGCGCCAAAUAUCUCAACGGCCGUGGAGUUGGUGCUCGAUGGGACGGAAGCUAUGGCUCAGGAAGUUCCUUCCACGGUAGCUGUGAUGGAUACUUUCAGGGCGAGGUGACAUCUCUGCCUGACGAUGUGCGCACCAACAUUCGUCGUUUUAUUGAAGCACAAUUAGAUGCUUUCGAGUCGCGUACUGGCUGGGUAUAUUGGACUUGGACCACUGAGGGUGCUCCUGAGUGGGACAUGAAGCGUCAGUUGGCAGCCAAUGUAUUCCCCAACCCGGUAACAGAACGCCAAUUCCCUGGUCAGUGCUAG